AUGGCAUCGGAUAAGGCAGAGAAGAAGCGCAAGCGUGCCUCAAACGGCCACGAACGCCCCACGAAGAAGCCCGCCUUGGAUCUUCGAAGCUUGCCGCCGCUGAAGGCCAAUUUGAUUAAAGACCACAGCGAACUCACUCCUGUCCUAAUUACCACCCCCGGUGUUACCUCAAAGCCGAACAUCCAAUUAACUCCAUACCUAAAACCACGAAGCGAAGUCUCGACCUCUUCUGGGAACAAUAAGGGCAUAGCUUCGACAGAAUUGCUACUUCAGUCUUCGCAGCAUUCCAAGUUAGACUUUGUCGGCCGCGAGGCUAACGACGAUGCGGACUCUCAGCUGAAGCAUUAUGUUGCUGUUGUUGAUCCGGCGAAUCAAUCUUGGGAGUUUGUGGAGGUGCGCAAGGUUACGCUUCGCGGGGCUGUGAGGAAGGCGGCUGCUGGUGAUGAGGAGGUUGAGGAGAGCGAGGAUGAGGAGAUGAGGACUAUGCGCGAGCAAAAGACCGACCUUACAUACACAUUCGGAACCAAGAAAUCACGAAAAGCAACGCAGUCCAUGGCCGAAAACGCUCAGCUCUCCAACGCUCCCUCUGGCGCCGCUACAGCUGCAGAGUCUGCCCUGCUGGACUCCAUGCCCGCAGAGGCAGCCGCAGACCUCGCGGCGAAAGCUGCCGCCGUGCAAGCCGAAGUCCAAGCCGCGAAACCCAUUCCCCAGGCCGAUCUCACUGCGAAACACCCAUCGGAAGUGUAUCCCAUCGAAACCCUCAUCCCCAAUGGAAGAGCCACCCUCCGCGCGCUCCCUAUCAAAGAUUGGCAGGAUACCAUCUCUGCAGGACUCAUGGUUGCGACAACAUCACGAUUCGUUUCAAACCGCGUCGACGCAAUUGUCGAAUCAGGCAACACAACCCAGCUCCAGAUCCUUCGCUUUAUCCUCGUCCUCCUGGAACUUUACCGCUCCCUCCGCCGCGGCGGCAAGCAAUCCGCCAACAGCGGCGGCCCUGGAAGCAGACGCCUUCCGUCCCGCGAAGACCUCCCCGGGAUCCUCUCUGGCGGUACAAGACUCACCUCCACAUCAUCAGACGAUGUCGACCCCUCUAUCGCCUCAUCCACCCUCUCCGCCCCCACAGUCGACGCCAUCCGCCGCAAAUUUGCGCCCAAUCGCACCUAUCUCUCCAAAAACGACGUCACCUUCCUUGAAACAACCAUCUGCGCGCUCUCACUGCACAUCCCGCCUCAGCCUGUGCGCGACGGCGUCCCCACGCCCAACGGUGGCAACUCGCCGAAUGAAAUGGCCACAGAUCCCUCGGAUCUCCGCGAUGAUCUGCAGCUUGAGAAUAAUGAGAUUCUGCACUAUUUCCGCGAAUUGGGUUGUCGGGUUGAUAAGCCCCGUGAGACUGAGUUUGAGAAGUGGAAUGUGAGAGGCGGCAAGAGUGAGGCGGCGACGAGGAGGAUUGCGCGGUUGAGGAUUCCAGUGGAGUUCCCGAAGGUUAGUCGGGGUGGAAGGAGAUAG